AACGCAGACUUUGCGUUCCACAGGGGGAAGGAGGCCGAGCCGUGCGGCGCGCUCCCGUAGUGCUGCUCUGUCUGGAUCGCCUGUGGUCGCGCAGUUAGUGGUCGCUGUGCGCUGGGUUGCUAUGGCGGGCGUGCUGGCCUUCUUCGUCGUCACCAUCAACGUCCUUUUACUCGGUGGCGGCCCCGGUGUGACGAACGCCCUUCUAUGUCUGUGCUCUAACUGCGUCAAAACCAACUAUACCUGUGACACAGAUGGUGCAUGUAUGGUCUCUGUUGCCAACAUAGAUGGCGUGAAACAUCAUACGCGAACAUGCAUUACUAAAACUGAACUUGUUCCUGUUGGAAAACCAUUUUACUGUCUCAGUUCAGAGGACAUCCGUAACACUGAAUGCUGCUACACAGACUACUGCAACAACAUUAACCUCUCGGUGCCAAGUGGUUACACAAAAGAUGAAACUCCAUCAGGCUGGGGCCCUGUGGAACUUGUGGCUGUCAUUGCUGGCCCAGUGUUUCUCCUUGGCGUUAUCCUCAUUGUGGUGGUAUUGUUCCACUACCAUCAGCGAGUUUACCACAACCGCCAGAGACUUGACUUGGAGGACCCAUCCUGUGAAAUGUAUCUGGCAAAAGAUAAAACUCUUCCAGACCUGAUCUAUGACCUAUCUACAUCAGGUUCUGGCUCAGGACUCCCGCUUUUCGUUCAGCGCACUGUAGCAAGGACCAUUGUCCUGCAGGAGAUCAUUGGUAAGGGACGUUUUGGUGAGGUUUGGCGUGGGAAAUGGAGAGGAGGCGAUGUGGCAGUCAAGAUCUUCUCCUCUCGGGAAGAGAGAUCGUGGUUUAGAGAGGCAGAGAUCUACCAGACUGUGAUGCUUCGUCACGAAAACAUUUUGGGAUUUAUUGCAGCAGACAACAAAGACAAUGGAACAUGGACUCAGUUGUGGCUUGUCUCCGAUUAUCAUGAACAUGGUUCAUUGUUUGACUAUUUGAACCGAUACCCAGUAAACAUUGAGGGGAUGAUAAAGCUUGCCCUGUCAGCAGCCAGUGGCCUUGCUCAUUUGCAUAUGGAGAUUGUUGGAACUCAGGGAAAGCCUGGUAUUGCUCACCGGGACCUUAAGUCCAAAAAUAUACUUGUAAAGAAGAACGGCUUGUGUGCCAUUGCUGACUUGGGUCUUGCUGUGCGCCAUGAUUCUCUUACGGACACUAUAGACAUCGCUCCAAACCAGAGAGUUGGGACAAAACGGUAUAUGGCUCCUGAAGUGCUGGAUGAAUCUAUAAAUAUGAAGCAUUUUGACUCCUUUAAAUGUGCAGACAUUUAUGCUCUUGGAUUGGUGUACUGGGAAAUCGCACGUAGAUGCAAUGCUGGAGGAUUCCAUGAGGAGUAUCAGCUUCCAUAUUAUGAUCUUGUACCAUCUGAUCCAUCUAUUGAGGAAAUGCGAAAAGUAGUGUGCGACCAGAAGUUACGACCUAACAUACCCAACUGGUGGCAAAGUUAUGAGGCUCUUCGGGUGAUGGGGAAGAUGAUGAGAGAGUGCUGGUACUCCAAUGGGGCAGCUCGCUUGACAGCUCUGCGCAUUAAGAAAACACUGUCACAGCUGAGCAUACAGGAAGAUGUGAAGAUCUAACGCCGCUACCAAUGCUCCUGAGAAAAUGUGGAAAAAUUCAUACAAGCUGCCAUGAUGUAGUACAUAAGUAUGAGGCCUACCUCAACGUUUCUUCCCAGACUUACUGCCAGUUGAACAAUGGGACCUUUUUGGUCACAAUGGAAGAGAACAGCACACUAAAUUAAUUCUAGGUUUGGGUCUGAAACAGAAACCUUUUUUUAUUAUUUUUAUCUUUUUUCCUUACUAUUUUCCUUUUUCUCAGCAUGAAGAUAUGGAAUCCGAUUCAGGUGAUUGCCGCAUUGCCUGGUCACCAGGUUGGCUCCCCCUUUCCAUCUGUGUAGGGUAAAGUCCCCGUCACAUACCUUGUCCCAAGUGGUCCAGUGCACCAGUCCAUGCUCAUCUACUGGUUCAGGUUGUAGUGAGCAAACUGAGCUGUCUCUUGGAUUUACCUUAAACACAAACAAGGAGACUCCCAUUCAAAGGAUUGUGGUUUCACGAUUCAGGCUUUGUACAGAUUGACAUUGGAGCUUGGAAGCAAACGCUACUAUCCGCAUAGACCUGCGUCCAUGCAUGUGCAGGGGUGUGUGUAGCUAUUUUUUGACAUGUGUUUUUGUAGGUGCAUACGUGUACAUGUAAGCUUGUCUGCAUGCGCCAGUGUUAAGCUCCAUGUUUUUGAGGUGUCGGUAUGUUCGAUCACCUGAGUGACACUUCAUUGUAAAGUUUGCAUACAGGGCCACUUGUCACCUUAGUUUUUUUGCGAAAACAAAGCCCAAAAUUUUCAGCUUGUUUGAUCAUAACACUAACCAUCCGCUUUCCUGAAAGAAUAGAUUCAUGCUGGCAAAACCUAUUGGCAAUAGAAUUAUUUCAAUAACAGACCCUCAGCUUGCGCUGUCCGAGUGGAUGUGAAGCGAGGAGGACAACCUGCAAAAACCCAUCAUCGUUUGUAAAUGAAUCUCAGGUGUCAAGCAUUUGCCAACAGCAGGGAUUUUAGAUGUUUGUGCUCAUUAACUAGUCCGGCAUUGGAUGGUGUCGAUCCUUUCUUGCCUGCCUCCUGGAGGAACUGAAAAGGAAGCGAGAGCUUUGUCUGCUGGCGCAGACGGCGAGGACUGCUCUGGUAUCACAAGCCAGGCUCCAGCAUACGGCAGGUUGGAAGCAAGGUUUGAAGUUGAGUGACACAUCACAUUUUAAUACAGGAUCUUAGUUGAAUGGGAGAAUUAUUUUGGUUCAGCAUCUACAGUACAAUAACUCUGAAGCCAUAACUUUUAACUGGAGUGUUUGUUUUGUUUCCUUUAUACUUAUUGUUUUACUAUGUAUGGGGAGGGGCCGGGAGAGUAGGGAUUUUAACUUUUUUUAAGUAUUUUAAUUCUUUGUAAAAAAGAGAAACAAAAAAAAAAAUCUGAAUCUCUAUAUAUAAAUAUAUACACACAUACAUAAGUAUAAAUAUUACCUCUCAGUUUAUUGUUUGUAUGGAGAUCACAACAAAACCAAAUGCGCCAAGCUAUAUUUACACUGGAACUAUUUGUACUUGUACAUGAAAUUUUCUUCUAGACGCUGGAUUGGUCCUCAUGGUCACAUGUCACGUUUUUAUAAUGCCAUGUUGUCGUUGUCUGUUUCUUCAGGUGUACACCAUUUUUCUGUGUGUAUCCUUCAGGGGUUUUAGUGACGUGUCCAAAGUUAUAUAAAUAUAUAUAUAUAUAUAUAUUCUUUUUCUGCUUUCUGUGCAGAACUGUUAAAACUCCCAGUUAUCUUGUCCGAGGUGCUUCUCAGCCUCACGCAGCUCACUAACAUACUAAUGUGGAGCUGGCUUGUGCAUUAAUGGGGUGUAUGUAAACAUAAAAGUGUUUUGGGGGAGGGGGUUGGUCUGUGUCAGUUGAGCUGUUGUAUUUGUGUAAAGCAUUUGCCAUUCUAAUACUGCUGUGCAAUUUCUAGAUGAAACAUUUUACACACAUAUAUGCAACAUACCAUGUUCCUCAGUUUUGUUUGGUAAAGAUUGAGUGACGCUCUUUGGGAGCAUCUAUUGAGAGGUACUUUGGAAGCCAUUUUGAUUACAGCAGGGAAAUGUUUUUAUUUAUCCUCUGGCAUGUAGGCUUAUUUAUUAAUAUAAUGCAGUGUGCUGUAACCCGUAGCAACCAGUCAGAGACUAUUUUCCUAGCAGUUUAUCAAAUGAAAAUGGACACCUGACUAAUUACUACACGUUUGCACACAUUGCACUGUAUUCCUAAAUAUGGCCCGUUGACUUUAAUGUAGAUGAAUGAUUACACUCUUUAGGGAGGCAUAUUACGAGUGUGAUGAAGGUAAAACAAAUCUUGCUGCAAAGCUUUCAUAACAUAACACUAUGUAUUGUGCAAUGUGUUCUAGUCCUGUCAGUAGCACAGGGGCAUCAAACUCAAGACUGGUAAAUGCCAACCAAAGUAGAUGCUCUGUAGAUAUACACUUGCACAGUAGUAGCACCUAAUGCAUUACAUGACAGAAGAGUUGUGCCCGGCCACAUUGUUGUGGCUCCAGUUUGGCAUUAAAGAAAGAACACAUGUUCUGUACCUUCUUUUAUUUUUUAUUUUAUUUUUAUAUAGAUGACUGAAUGUUCUCUGCCGACUUAACUUCUUUAUUGGUUGAAUCUUCCUUGACGUGGAGGUCUGAGAUGCAUAACAAAGGCUGCUUGUGUUUGCUCUCUUUAGGCCAACUUUCUGUGCCAACCCUCCUGUCAGCAAGAGUUCUAGCCACCAUAUUACAGUGUCUUAUGCCAUAAGCAGGUUCCUUAUCACCUUUAGAUUUUUUCAUUUUACCUUUGAAAUCUCAGUGGAUAUGCUAAACUUACAUUAUCAAUCAGAAGGCCACUUAGCCACUUGGAAGGUGAAGGCCACCAUAUAAACAUUUCUUCAUUGCUUGGUCACGUUCAUUCAGUGCCUGUAUCGUAAGCUAGACCAUACUGGGCAAUGCAACCAUCCAGCUACGUUUGAGGUAUAUUGUUUUGCCUUUUGCUGACAAAAUCUUCACUUUUCUAAGUAACAGGCACUUAUCAUCUUGGACAGUAUUCGAGGUAUUUAUCUUUUAUUUUUAAUUUUAUUUGUCCAAUGGAUACGUGCCUUUGUCAUCUAUUCAAAAUCAUCUCACCUGCACCCAUAUGGGCUUUCAUUUGAUCACAAAAUGCAUUAACUUGUAUAACCACUACAUUAAUUAUUGAGAGGUAAUCUCAGCUUUUUUUUUUCCUGUUUAAUAUCAAUGUGGAAUUAUUCAUCUCAGACUGCUGUGGAUUUUUUAAAGCAAAAUAUUGAUUUGUUAAAUCACCUUUCAUUGUAAUAAGGGCCCUUUUUAUUUUAUGUACAUAUGGUGACUAUUUUCUAGCUUUCGGCUGAUUGGUAGUUUUAGGCCAUAAGCACAUAAUUUAGUGGUGGUAGAAUCACAUUUUUUAAGUUGAAUUGUAGCAUGUAUUCUAAUCAUUUCUCAGGAUGUCCGAAAAAAUGUUUUACAGUAAUCAGAAGAAGAUAGGUACAUAAUCAACAGGGACAGCAAAGCUUCUCAUGAUUUGUAUUGUCUGCUCUGUAACAAAAGGGGUUUACACAUAACUUCCCUUUUUCUGAAGCAGUUGGGUAUACACUGAAUUUUAUGAUUGAUUGGACCGGUUUAUAUACUGGACAGGUAUGGAGUCUUUUAUCCAGUCACCCGCUAGUCAGAAAGUUCCAGAAACCAAAAAAGGAUGAGGGAAAACGGAAGACUUACAAUCAUAACUGCUGCUGGGAGAUGAUAUACAUAUUUAUAUUUAAUACAGUCACUGGGAGAAGCACUACAGAAGGGCUGGGUAAUUGUGGAAUAAGAUGAGCUUUUUGAAUGUAAUUAAUGGAUUUUAGAUAUGGUGCUCAGAAGGGGUAAUGAUAUACAGAAAACCUCAAUUCCCAAAUCUUCUGGAUAAAAGAUUCCACACGUGUAUUAUGAAAGUGAACAUGUUAAUCUUGAAAGUUGACCCAUUACUUAGAUUCAGUUGUGGGCAGUACGAAUGCUCUUAAGAAUUUAGCCAGUCAUACGUUAGAAACUAGUGACAUUACAGGGUUCCUAGUAAAUUGAUAGGCUUACGAAAAUGGCUGCCUUCAAUGUGUCUAGCCGAGUGGCACACUGAAAUCUUAAUUGCAUGACCUUCAUAACAAACAUCUGAAUUGAUGUCCAAGUUUUGGGUUAAUAUUUUUGGGAGCCAUCAGAGGUCUUCCACAGUUUUGCUGCCCUUGAUCUUAAAGAUAGUAAUAUCAUCUGCGGUGCAAAAUCGUUAUCCCUUACAGCCUAAAACAGAAGUUUAUGUAGCUGGAUGGCCUUUUCAUAUAUUUUUUAUUUCAACUGAUAUAUGUGGCUCAUACGUUAUCUUUUCAUUUUUAUAAUUUCAGCUCAAUUCAAAUGAAAUUAUGUUCUGAAGGUAACACAAGCAUGUUCCUUUUCUGGUAUAGAUAGCCAAUAUCAAUCAUAAAAUGCAGUGAAGAGCUAUUGGUUUUUAAAGCAAUCCUUCCAGAGCCGGAUGAAUGCCGUGAUGAAUUGUAGUCAGGUGCAGACAUUACCCGCCAGUGUGGCUUGGCAGUGUUGGCUCUAGAAGAGAUGAGUUUGGUACUGCUCUUAUCUACCAGGUUUUCAUUGUAUUGGAAAAGGACUGUAAAAGAACCACUUAGACACUUUACCUCCUCAGUAUGCAAAUGUAAAUACUUGUAUGAUAGAAAUUUUUUUGUUAAUAUAAAAAAAGCUGUCCAAUUUCUGCUGUACAUUAAAAAUUUUGUUUUAUUCAUGUUA